AUGAAGAGCUUCACCAAUGCAAUCAUCAUCAUCAAUAAGAAUAGAGAAAACCAGAUCUUAGACCUGCAGCAGGAGAUCAAAUGUUUACACAGACAGAUAACUAUGCUGAACCUGAAGAUCUUAUCACAAUUGUUCACAACCUCUUCAGAAGUGUACACAUCAUCAGAGACUGCUGCACAGGAUGAGAAUUCAAGCAUGAAAUAUAUCAAGUCAGAAGAUCUGUCAGAGCUAUCAAGCUUCAAUGAUGACUGA